UUCUUCCAACUUUAUAUACCAUCCACUUUCAAAUUGCACCGGGCGCGAAUCCUGUUGGUAUAUAUUGCUUAUUACCAAAUAAAACGGCGCAUACAUAUGCAAGGAUGAUAAAAGAGCUGAAACAAUUACUACCAGGGGCGCUUCCGAGGAAAAUAUUGGUGGAUUUCGAACAGGCACCGAUAAAUGCGUUUAGAGCUGGGUAUCCACUCGCAGAUAUCCUUGGAUGUUAUUUUCAUCUAAAUGAGAGCGUUAAUAGAAAAAUAAACGAUUUGGGAUUAAAAGAGAUGUAUGAGUCGAAUGACGACUUUCGAUUGUAUAGUAGGUGUUUAUCGGCUCUUGCAUAUGUCCCAGAGGAUGAUGUUGGAAACUCAUUUGAUACUUUGGCAGAAAUAUUUGGUGAAUUGAAUGGCUCAUCUGAGCUAAUUUCCUACUUUGAGAAAACCUAUAUCCGAGGACGUAGAAAUCCCAGGCAACGAAAUAACUUUGCAGCGCCUUUAUAUAAUGUAAGACUAUGGAAUAAACACAAUUCCACGUUAGUAGGUGUCGCCCGAACAACAAAUUGUGUUGAAGGGUGGCACUAUGGAAUUCAAUCCCUAUACCAAUGUUCUCAUCCAACACUAUGGAAAUUUUUAGAUGGGAUACAAAAAGAUAUGCAGAAACAUAAAGCUCUAUAUCUUCAAGUCGUGAUGGGAACAACACCGUACUUAUCAAAGAAAUAUGAAGAUAUAAAAAGACGAAUUCAGAUUUGUGUUUCAAAUUACGGAUUGUCGGAUUCUUUAAUAUAUUUAAAAGCUAUUUCCCAUAUUUCGUGCAAUUAA